GCCUUAUCUAUCUCUCCGGCAGUCACAGAUAGGGCUUUCAUCGAUUAUUCUUGCGGCAACUGUUUAAAUUGCCAUUAACCAUAUAUCAGCGCUUGAUCGAAGCCUCCUCGGCAAAUCCAAUUCAGAGUAUCGCCCGAUAUGCGUCUACUCACCUCUCUAUUCGCUGCCGCGCUGCUCGUUACCUCCGUCGUUGCACAAGGGAAAGUUGCCUUUACAGAGUGGCCGCCUGCCGUGACAGUCGGACAACCGGCCACCCUUAGAUGGACCGGAGCUACCGAUAGUCCUGUGACCAUUACUCUGAAAAGGGGCGAUGCGAAUGAUUUGAAGAAUGUCGAAGUCCUCACGUCGGAUGCCCGAGGUGGCACUUUUCAGUGGACACCAAGCCCUGACUUGACGGACGGGUCUGACUAUGCUUUCCAAAUUACUCAAGAUGGUCAGGUUAACUACUCUGGUCUUAUCACUCUCUCUGGUGGUUCUGUGAGUGCCGCUCCCGUUUCAACGGCAUCAGCAGCAUCAGCAACGUCGACACCAGCCGCAACUGUCCAUUCAGCAGCUACUUCAAGCCGCUUAACCACGGCUGUGACCAGCUCUUCGACCACUACUUCAGCAAGCCACCGCAAAGAGGGAACUCUCACGAGCAAAACCCCAGUUUUCGGAACUGGUUCAGUCACGGCCCCCCGAAACACGACAUUUAAGCCAGCUACUCUCAGUUCUACUGCUUAUUCUACUGCUGGUCCCGUUACCACAACUUCAGCUGCCUCUAAAACAACCAAUGCAAAGAACGGGCUAGCAACUGCCUCUACUGGCGGUGCUUCUUCGCUUACGGGUUCAGUGGCUCUGAUUUUGAGCUUGUUCGCUGCAUUCUAUGUCAUGUAAAUCGCUAUGUCUUAAGACUAUAUGCAGCCGGUGGACCUUCGAUAUUUGUUUGCAAUCUACGUCUGGACUUCAAGGCAACUGGCCUCGGCAUACGAUGCACAUGUAUAUGUUAGCAGGAAAAAAUUGUUAAUGACUGUUACUCAUUCUUUCCGUCGGUUUCUCGAUCUCUCGAACACAGGAUGGAAUGCUCUUCGCCAGAGGUUAUGCUUCUUCAUUUUCAAUAUAGGCAUCGAUUAGUGACAGACCCCCAUAUAUACGAACUGAUGAGGCAAGUUUAAUGCCUCGUGUCUAGUAUUCGAUGCACUAUUAAAUCAGAUUGCCAUCGAAAACAACUCCUCGAGUUU